AUGGUGAUAAAUCAGGCUCCAGAGCCAGGGAAAGGUGUGCAGCAGGAUACGUGCAAGCAUGCCACGUCUGAGAUUAUCCUUAUUCCCCAGCCAACUGAAGAUCCAUCUGACCCGCUGAAUUGGUCCAUGUCUAAAAAGAUCAUCAUUCUCGCUCUUGUGUCUAUAUCAGCAUUUAUUGGAAUAGCCCAGGCUCUGGCUAAUCAGUCUGGAUUCUUUGCCCAGGCAGAGCUUUACAACAAGAACCCAAUCCAAAUAUCCUAUUCGAUCUCCGCGGCAAUCGCAGGACUUGCUACUGGGCCAUUUAUCUGGACCUUGCUAUCUAAAAGCGUCGGUCGCUCCUCAUGUAUUUUCUGGGGCUUGCUGGGAACGUUGGGCUGCGGUAUUUGGUCCGCUACGAUGACAGGAACGAAUGACUACAUCUCCUUUGUUAUUUCUCGGUGGCUUGCGGGAACGUUUGGUUCUGCACCAUCAACACUUGGGGCUGGAACAGUGCUUGACAUGUUCUUUCUUCACCAGCGUGGAAAGGCGUUUGCGUGCUACACCUUGUGCACGCUCUUUGGGACCCAGAUAGGCGCUACGCUGAGUGGAUUUAUUGUUGAAUAUGCACCAUGGCCUGUUCAGUUCUGGUGGACUGUAGGCUUGGAAGGGCUUAUGGCUAUUUUGGUCUUUCUUUUCCUUGAAGAGACAGGGUUUUCGCGGGAAGGAAAUGCAAGGACGUACGCAGAACCGCCUCACUCCUGGUUAAGGAACCGAGUGGCCACAUUCUUCCCUGGAAAUCCAGUCUCCCCACAGGAGCGAGCGGGUGGGAAACACAAUCUACUGGCUCUGUGUCUCGUGGCCAUCUCACCUGUAACUCUCCUCGCAGGGACAUUCCUUCUCCUUACCUUUGGCUGGGCAGUGGCAGUGGCCACACUUCUCUCAGUCUUUCUACAAACACCUAAGGAGGAGGGCGGCUAUGGUUUCUCCCCACUUCAAGUUUCCUGCUUUACAUUCACAAAUUGGGUGGCCCUCUUUGCUGCUCAAGUCUAUGGUAUUCUUCUUAAUGACCGCAUCCCCAUUUGGUUCUGUCGCCGGUUUCGACGGGGGAUGUGGGAACCUGAAAUCCGUUUAUUCCCAGUGCUCCUUGUCCCUAUGGUACUCCUACCGGUUAGCCUUGGCCUGUUUGGUGCAGGGCUUCAGUAUCAUCUGCACUUCAUGGUUCUCGCUCUAGCUGUUUUUCUUGGUGGCUUCUGCGAGAAUAUCCUCAUACCCGUAACAAUAAAUUAUGUUGUUGAAUGCUUCACUGAUUAUGCAGAAGAGGUGGCAGCGAUACUGAACUUCUUUCGGCUGUCUUUGGGCCUUACGGUACCUUUUUUUAUUAAGCACUGGGAGGAGGCAGUUGGGUUGGGGUGGGUGUUUGGUAUGAUGGCUUUCUUAGCCUUGUUUGCCUUUUCCCUAAUGGGACUGCUUGCCUGGAAGGGAGCACUAAUUCGCCAAUAUUCUGUGGCACAUUUGAGAAAAUCAGAGGACGGAAUGCGACUGAUUGCGCAGAGAGAAGUCAUGGCUAUAUAA